UAAAAAUGAGCUCCAUGUCCUUUCAUUUGCCAUUCUCUCUCUCUUUCAUAUAAUUUGUUGCUUUUCAUUUUGGCAUCACACAGUAUCAAAGAGAGAAAGAGAAAGCGGUUUUGCAGAAAAUCCAAGUGAAUUUAAGGAGCCACCACUGUUCCAACCAGCCCUUUCAUUUUUGUAGUGCCUGUUUGGUUUUUCGUCUUUGCAUUCACUGUUCCACACGAAAAAAAGCUCUUUCGUUCCAUCUCUUUCUGUCUCGAGAUUGGUGUGUGCAGCAAGAUAAAGCUCUCUCUCUCUCUCUCUCUCUCAGUAGCAUCACUGCUCUUCUUUAAACUCUUGAAACCCUGUUCAAAGAUUGGAUUUUGAGGGGAGUUGAGGGAGCAACAUCUGAUGAAGGAGUGUGGAGGCUCUCUGGGGGAAGAGGGCAAAGAAGAAGAGGACUCUAAAAAGGUGUCUUUUUGAAUCGAAGAGCGUUUUGGGUUUGUUGUUAUGGCACUUUGUAUGCAGAGAGAUUCAGUAUUGAACAGGCUCAUGGAUUGUGGCAAGUAUGUGAGGUACACUCCUGAACAGGUGGAGGCUUUGGAGAGGGUGUAUGCGGAGUGUCCCAAGCCUAGCUCUUCCAGAAGGCAACAACUCAUUAGGGACUGCCCUAUCCUUUCCAACAUUGAACAAAAGCAGAUCAAAGUGUGGUUCCAGAAUCGCAGAUGUCGCGAAAAGCAGAGGAAGGAGGCCUCUCGUCUUCAGACAGUGAAUAGAAAGCUGUCGGCGAUGAACAAGUUGUUAAUGGAAGAAAAUGACCGUCUGCAGAAGCAGGUCUCACAGUUGGUUUAUGAUAAUGGAUACAUGAAACAACAAAUACACACUCAGGCGUCUGCUACUACUACUGACAAUAGCUGUGAGUCUGUGGUAGUGAGUGGUCAGAAGCAACAGCAAAACCCAAAAACUCAGCAUCCCCAGUGGGAUGCCAACAACCCAGCUGGUCUUUUUGCAAUUGCUCAAGAGACCCUGGCAGCAUUUCUUUCAAAAGCUACUGGAACUGCUGUCAACUGGGUUCAAAUGAUUGGGAUGAAGCCUGGUCCGGAUUCUAUUGGAAUCGUUGCUGUUUCCCCCAACUGUAGUGGGGUAGCAGCAAGAGCCUGUGGCCUUGUGAGCCUAGAGCCCACUAAGGUUGCGGAGAUUCUCAAAGAUCGUCCAUCAUGGUAUCGUGACUGUCGAUGCCUCAAUGUAUUAAGCGUAGUCCCCACAGGGAAUGGGGGCACAAUAGAGCUCAUGUACAUGCAGACAUAUGCACCUACAACCUUGGCAGCUGCAAGAGACUUCUGGACUCUAAGAUAUACUUCAACAUUGGAAGAUGGAAGUCUUGUGAUUUGUGAGAGGUCUUUGACUUCUUCAACGGGUGGCCCAACAGGGCCUCCUGCUUCAAACUUUGUAAGAGCUGAAGUGCUUCCUAGUGGCUAUCUAAUUAGACCCUGUGAGGGUGGUGGAUCUAUUAUUCACAUUGUUGAUCACAUUGAUCUGGAUGUUUGGAGUGUUCCUGAAGUACUGAGGCCCCUCUAUGAAUCUUCAAAAUUCUUAGCUCAGAAAUUGACCACUGCUGCCUUGCGACAUGUAAGACAAAUUGCACAAGAAUCAAGUGGAGAAGUUCAUUAUGGUGGGGGUCGUCAACCUGCUGUCUUGAGAACAUUUAGUCAAAGGCUUUGCAAAGGGUUUAAUGAUGCUGUCAAUGGGUUUGUGGAUGAUGGUUGGUCGCCGAUUGGUAAUGAUGGGGUGGAAGAUGUGACCAUAGCCAUAAACUCAUCUCCCAACAAGUCUUUUGGUUCCCAUUACAAUACAUCCAUGCUUCCAACAUUUGGAGGUGGGGUUCUGUGUGCCAAGGCAUCAAUGCUCCUGCAGAAUGUUCCUCCUGCUUUGCUUGUUCGAUUUUUGAGGGAACAUCGUUCUGAGUGGGCUGAUUAUGGGGUUGAUGCAUACUCUGCUGCAUGUCUCAAAGCUAGUCCUUAUGCAGUUCCUUGUGGAAGACCUAGUGGCUUCCCAAGCAGCCAGGUCAUUUUGCCACUUGCUCAUACUAUUGAGCAUGAAGAGUUCUUGGAGGUAGUUCGAAUUGAGGGUAAUGCAUUUCCCCCUGAUGAUGUAGCUUUGGCGUGUGAUAUGUAUCUAUUGCAGCUGUGCAGUGGAGUUGAUGAAAAUGCAAUUGGAGCAUGCGCACAGCUUGUGUUUGCACCUAUCGACGAGUCUUUUGCAGAUGAUGCUCUGUUACUGCCUUCUGGUUUCCGCAUCAUACCAUUGGAUCCUAAAACUGAUGGUCCAGCUUCAACUAGGACACUGGAUUUGGCAUCAGCACUAGACAUAGGAUCUGGCAAUGCUCGUCCUGCUGGUGAAACUGAUCUGAAUAACUACAACCUUAGGUCAGUCCUCACAAUUGCAUUCCAGUUUACUUUUGAGAACCAUUUGCGGGACAAUGUGGCUGUUAUGGCUCGCCAAUAUGUGCGCAAUGUUGUGAGAUCAGUUCAGAGGGUUGCCAUGGCAAUUGCACCCUCUCGGCUCAGUACAGAGUUAGGGCCAAAGUCACUUACUGGUCCCCCAGAAGCUCUUACCUUGGCAAGAUGGAUCUACAGAAGCUACAGGCUUCACACCUGCACAGACCUUUUCAGAGUUGAGUCCACAUCUGGUGAUGCAAUCUUGAAGCUACUUUGGCACCAUUCAGAUGCAAUAUUAUGCUGUUCUGUAAAAACUAAUGCAUCUCCAGUUUUCACCUUUGCCAACCAAGCUGGACUUGAUAUGCUUGAAACCACUCUUGUUGCUCUUCAAGACAUAAUGCUGGAUAAAGUUCUUGAUGAAUCUGGCAGGAAGCUUCUCUGCAUCGAGUUCUCCAAGAUAAUGCAACAGGGGUUUGCAUAUCUUCCAGCUGGAAUAUGUGUAUCAAGUAUGAAUCGACCAGUGUCCUAUGAGCAGGCCAUUGCAUGCAAAGUUUUGGAUGAUAAUGAUUCCAAUCACUGCCUUGCCUUUGUGUUCAUGAACUGGUCUUUUGUCUAACGGGAACAAACUAUCAUUCAGAUACUUAUAUUAUUACAUCUACUAAUUUAUGUCAACUACUGUACUCAGAUAUAGUCACAACAACGUAGUAUCUAAUGUCUGGAUUUCAUCAA